AUGCCCGACGGACAGCGCACGUGUAUACGGGACCCGAACAAUCCAUCCGAUGAGAAAUGGUUCACAUUUGAUCAUUCGUAUUGGUCACAUGACGGAUUCAAAACCGAAAAGGACGGCUAUUUUUCACCGGAAGACAGCCGAUAUGCCGACCAGAAGCGCGUGUUUGACGAUCUUGGCAAAGGGAUUCUGGAAAACGCAUGGGCCGGUUACAAUUGUUCACUGUUUGCCUACGGACAAACAGGAAGUGGAAAGAGUUACUCGAUCGUCGGAUUCAAAGGCAACAAAGGUGAUCUUAUAGUCCUUUCCAUGAUAUCUCUGUUUCAAGGAAUUGUGCCGACGUUCUGCGAAGAACUAUUCAAAGAUAUCGAGGCAAAAAAGGAAAAUGGUAAAAAAGCCGGCUCGUACGAAGUCUUCAUUUCCAUGUUUGAAAUCUAUUGUGAAAAGAUACGAGAUCUGCUGUCAAACAAGGAACCGCCAAAAGGAGGACUCAAACUACGAGAACAUCCGAAAAGUGGAUUCUAUGUCGAAAACCUUUCAAGUGCACCGGUGAACUCGUACAAAGAGAUCGAGGCCAAAAUCGAACAAGGCACCAAGAAUCGAACGAUUGCCGCCACUAACAUGAACGCUACGAGCAGU